UAUCCUAAUCCUUCCAUGGAACGAUCUCUUUAUAUUCCUCAUUCAUCAUUAUCUCUAAAAUCUCAAAACGAGAGGGGAAGAAAUCAAGCAACGGAAAAUAGAGAGUAGAGGAGUAUUGAUGAAGAAGAAGUAAUGGCUUCCUUGAAGUGCCCAACAAAUUUCUUAGUCUUCCCUGUUCUUUCUAUUGUCCUUCUUCUCUGCUUCUCUCCCUUAAUCAAUAAUUCUUAUAAAGUAUUCUCUUCUUCUUCUUCUUUUCUUGCCACUUACAGAGCUCCAACUCCAUCUUCAUCAUCUUCUUUAGUUAAUCCCAUCAAUAUCACUAACAGUAACAGUAGUAAUAUAAUCAGAAUUGAUGGCGUUAAUUCUAAUAUUAAGGUGAAGAGCAGUUUGGAGAAGGUGGAAGAAAGUCUCGCAAGAUCACGAGCGGCAAUUCGUCAAGCUAUCACUUCACGUAACUACACCUCAAAUAGAGAAGAGCAAUUCAUUCCCAAAGGAUCCAUUUACAGAAACCCAUAUGGAUUUCAUCAGAGCCAUAUUGAGAUGGUGAAAAAGUUCAAGGUGUGGUCAUACAAAGAUGGAGAGCCACCCCUUGUUCAUGAUGGGCCAUUGAACAGCAUCUACUCCACAGAAGGGCAUUUCAUCAGUGAGAUGGAGAGUGGGCUUAGUCCAUUUGCAGCCCAUCAUCCAGACGAGGCCCAUACCUUCUUCCUUCCCUUCAGCAUUGCCAAUGUCAUACAUUACCUCUACAGACCCCUCAUUUCCUACUCAAGGGAACCAUUGCACCACUUUGUUAUGGACUAUGUUCACAUUAUAUCAAAGAAAUACCCUUACUGGAACAGAAGCAGGGGCGCCGACCAUUUUAUGGUCUCUUGCCAUGAUUGGGGACCAGACAUUAACGAAGCCAAUCCGGAGCUUUUUCAAUAUUUAAUUAGAGUUCUCUGCAAUGCAAACACAUCGGAAGGUUUCCAGCUGAGAAGAGAUGUCUCUCUACCAGAAGCUAACCUUCACCAUGGAAGCCUUGAUAUACCACCAUUAAGAAAGCGUGGUCCUGGUGGAUCUCCUCCUCCUAGCAACCGUACAAUUCUUGCCUUCUUUGCAGGUGGGUCUCAUGGCUAUAUAAGAAAAAUACUAAUGAAACAUUGGAAAGAAAAAGAUAAAGAGAUCCAAGUCCAUGAAUACCUCCCUAAGGAUCAAAAUUAUUACAAAUUACUGGGUCAAAGUAGGUUUUGCUUGUGCCCCAGUGGAUAUGAAGUUGCAAGUCCUAGGAUUUUUGAAGCCAUACACUCAGGUUGUGUCCCUGUGUUAAUCUCAGAUCACUAUGCUCUACCAUUUAGUGAUGUACUUGAUUGGAGCCAAUUCUCAGUGCGGAUUUCGGUUGAAAAGAUACCUCAGAUUAAGACAAUCUUAAAAGGGAUUUCUCAAGUUAAGUAUUUGAGACUACAAAAGAAGGUGAUGAAAGUGCAAAGACAUUUUAAAAUCCAUCAACCCUCUAAGCCUUUUGAUCUCAUACACAUGGUUCUUCAUUCAGUUUGGCUGAGGAGGCUUGACCUUAGACUAAUGCCAUCUUGAUCACUUUUGUGGUUAUCCUUAUUUUUCAAAUUUGAUAUUCUUACUUGUGAGUA